UCGCCUCCGUUGACGACCCUCUUCAUCUCGUCCUCAAAUUCUCCGAGCUCCUCAAGCACUUCUCCGCUCUCCCCUCUCCCCCCUCUCCCCCGGCCCCUGAGAGGCCGCGUUGGCCCCACCCCUUCGACUACAACCGCCUCAUGUCCUCCUCCGGCGACGCCGACCACGUCCUCCGCCUCUUCCGCGAGAUGAAGAGCUUCCGCCGCGCCCCCGACCUCGCCUGCUACACCACCCUCGUCACCGCCCGCCGCCCCCACGCCGCUCUCUCGGUUUUCAAAGAAAUGGCUUCCUCCGGGCUGGCCCCGGACGCCGUCGCUUACACCGUGCUGGUCAAGCUGUAUUCUUGCUAUUUACAAGAUUUCGAUUCGGCUUACGAGGUGGUGAGGUGGAUGGCGAGGUGCGGGUGCCCGCCCGACGUCGUCACCUACUCGACUCUCAUCACUGGCCUCUGCUGGGCCGGGCGCGUCGAGGAGGCUCUGGGUGUUUUGGAUCUGAUGCUGGAGGACCAGUGCCGCCCCAAUGUGUGCACUUACACACCAAUUGUCCAUGCAUACUGUUCGAUCGGACAAAUCGAAGAGGCUAAGCAGUUGGUGAAUGCUAUGGGGGCGGUCGGGUGCCCGCCGAAUACUGUGACAUAUAAUGUGAUCGUCGAAGCCCUUUGCAUGGUCGGUGCACUCGACGAGGUCGGAAAUCUCAUUAACGAUAGCGUUUCGAAUGGUUGGAAGCCCGAUGCAAUAACAUACAGUAUUUACAUGGAUGGUUUAUGUAAGUUUGGGAAGCUAGAUAAAUGUGUCGAGGUGUUCGAUGAAAUGACCGCGAGAGGAUUGUGUCCCACUACUGUGACAUUGAAUAUCCUUCUCGAUUGCCUUUGCCGUGGUUCGGAGGCUUGGGAGGCGAAAUACUUGCUGGAGAGGAGCAGGGAGUUGGAGUGGAAUGCCGAUGUUGCGAACUACAAUACUGUGAUGAGCCGACUUUGCAGUGGUGGGAGAGUGUUGGCCGUUCUUAAGCUCUUUACUGAUAUGUUGAAGAAGGGUAUCGCUCCAAAUAGUUGGACGUUCAGCAUUGUGGUCAACAGUCUCUGCAGAGCCGGGAAGCUUCGAAAGGCUAGGUGUAUAUUUGAUAGCAAAGGGUUUGUUGCGAAUAUUGUGACUUACACGACUUUGAUUCGUUAUUUACACUUGGCUGGAGAAAAUGAUGAGGUUUGCCUCCUGUUUUACAAAAUGGUUGAGGAGAAUAUCAGCCCAAAUCAUACCAUCUAUCGCAUAAUGAUCGAUUGUCUCUGUACCAAAGGAAGGUUCUUGGUGGCUAUUGGUUGUUUUUUUAGGUCUCUUGAGAAUGGGUACUCGGAGGAUCUGGUGGUAACUUUAACUUAUGGGUUGCUCAGGGGUGGAAAAUUGAGAGAAUUACUAACUUUAUUGGAAUGGAUUUUGAGUCAUGGUUUGCUGAUAAAUUUUCGCAUAUUCCAUGCUUUAAUCAGAAUGUGUUGUAAGAUGGGUUUUUGUCAAAGCUCAGAGAUAUACAAAGUUUGCCAUAUUUUGGACAAAAUGCUUGGAGUGAGAUAGGUUAACUUUGGAAGUGGGGUCUUUAAUUCAUAACCGGUAAAGCCUCCAUUCGUAAGAGAGAGACAGCUGCACCUUCUGUUUAUCGAGGUAAGGGAAUCGCGCCUAAUAGUGUCUCCUACCAGUGUACUUGAGCGAUAGAAGGAUCACUAGCUAGAUAUUUCAAUUUAUGCUAUACAUCAGAUCUGGCGAUGGCCAGAGCCUUUUAUUUGUAUAUUUCUGGUUGGCUGAGACUACACGAUAUUGUAGAGUGACAUAUAGUAGUUUUGUUUAUAGUGUUAUGAUACAUGUGGUUCGUUUAUUUAGUGACCUUAUUAUUGUUCUUGUGAUUUGGAAAA